AUGUACACUCGACUCACUGAGGGUACCUACAGAGGAGUCGAUCUGUGGGUCGUGAUUUCAGGGCGAUCACAAUGGGCUCAUUCCACAUUCUGUCAGGCUGGACACACAUUUGGACACGUUUUGGCGUCAAGCCUUUUCUGCACAUCUUCUUUCAGAGGACCAGGUUUGAUGCAAUCUUUUCACAGUCCCUAG